CGACGUCUGUACGAAUGUAAUUUCGGUAAUGAAUUUUUGCUGAAUUAUUACACAUAUACUUUUCUGACUCUUUAACUGUGGUCAUGGAUCGUGUUGUCAACGACGGCGACUGCAGCGUGAAGACUACAGUGGAAGAGAAGUUCCACGACUGGACAAUAGGCUUCACGAAGAGCCACAUUUUGCACUCCCAGUGCACCACAAAGGAGGCUUGUGCAGAUCCCGAAGGGAAAAAAUGUUUGUUGUGCUUGUACAGCAGCAUCCUGGAGCUGCCGCACAUGCCAGACAUGGUGUUCCCCAGCAGCGUGCUGUGGCUGAAGCACGCCUCGGGCCGUGGCAUCGAGUUCCGGGCGCUGGACGCCCUCCAGAGGGUCUGCAACGGCAAGCAGGGGAUAAAGAUCGCCUGCUCCGACUCGUGGAAGGAGAGCAGGGAAGAAGCCAGCAAUAUGACAGAGUUCAAACCAUUCGACUGGACCUUCACGACAGACUAUUCAGGGUCGGUGAUUGGUGGCUUUGAGCCCACACCAACAACGGAGAGAAUCGACCUUGACAAACUAAAGCAGAAAGAGAGAAUUUUGUUUUACGAGGAUUUGAUGCUGUUUGAAGAUGAACUUCAUGAUAAUGGCAUUGCAGUGUGCUCCGUCAAAAUAAGAGUUAUGCCCAGCAGUUUCUACAUCCUGCUACGAUUCUUUUUGAGGGUGGAUGACGUGCUUGUUAGAAUCAAUGACACCCGAAUAUACCAUGAAUUUGGCACGGACCAUGUGCUCCGAGAAUACACGUCGAGGGAAGCCAAGAUUGCGGACCUAAAAAUACCGAGCGUCGCCCUGACGGAGCCCAACGUAGUGGCGUCUCAUCUGCCGCUCGUCAACAGUCGUUACGAGAAGUUGUCGCUGCCGAGCCCACCUGCAGCAGUCGUCGCUGCAGACACGUGAAGUUUGAAAUGGCGUGGAAGUAUUUUCAUUUGAACACGUUCUAAGGCUGCCAUUGUUGUAAAUAUACUUUUUUUUUUGUUCAUUGUGACAGUUGUAUUUUGUUCUCAGUGCAGUACAAAUGUGUGGCUGAACAUUUUACAUUAUUAUGCAGUAACUCAGGUUUUUUUUUUUUUGCGUAACUGGAGCAUUCAACUCCAAAUUGUGAUGAAUUUAGGUUAUCAGGUAGAGCUUAUAAACAAAAACUAUGAAGAUACAAAACCUUUUAUGUUUGUUAACUGUAUUUUGCAACUGUUGGUUUAUGAAAUUAUUCCUUUGCCUCGCUGUUCAUUUAGCUGAAAGCAGGAAAAUAUAUUUAUACUUUAUAGUAGAAAACUGUUUUACGGCUACUUGUUAGUGUUUUUUUUUUUUUUUUUUUUUUAAUAAAAUGAUUUUGAGUGAAAACUGAUUGGUGUGUAAAUUACUGUAUGCUUAAACAUGUCACAUAAUGAUUUAUCUAGGUAAUUUAUUUUAGCCUAUAAUGGCAUUUAAAAUUUUGGGAGUGACACACAACAGAUUGAGGUAAACACCCUUAAAGUUGAUCCAGUACUUUGAGCUGGUUCGGAGCACACUCCAUCUGAAAAUUCAAUGAAAAUAUUCAUCAAUAGGUGUGAAGUCUACUGAAUUAAUCUUUUUUGUUGUAAGCAACUACAGUACAUACAUAUAAUAUUAAAUAACUUUUAAUAAAGAGCCUCAUAUAAAGUUGCUCAAAGUAUUAAUCUCAUAUAGGUUAUCAGCCAAACGCUAUUGCCUUUCGCCUGACCACAAUAAUGUAUCAUUUCAAAGUUUGAUCGAACAAAUAUAUAUAUUUUUUCAGGCCGGUGGUGCAGUCUAUCUUUUGUGCUGGAAUACAUUUUAUAUAUAGUAGACUUAUGAUAAUCUGGGAGGCUCAGAACUUUGGAGAUGCCGGAUUACUGAGAAUUCCGGUAAUUUUUUAAUUAUCUACGCAGAUAACAGUGAUUGCAUGUGGUCUCAGCACCGACGCCGCAAAAUAUAUUUUCCACAUUAAAAUAAUGGAAUAAAUAAUAGAUUUACAGCAAUGGAGACCAGACUUAUUUUUUAGAAAAUGUUCUCUUAAAAAAAUUUUUUUUUGCAGUUUAGUUUAGUUUUUUGUCAUUGGUAAGAAAAAUCUCUUCUCUAAUUUAAUUUUUAGUUACUAAUUAUUCUGGUUUUGUGAUUAGUGUUUGUGGGACCAAAAAUUUAGUUGUUAGUGAAUUAUGUAGUUACUAAAAUGUAAAUAAAAGAAGAGUUUACUUUUUUUUUACCAGUGACAAAACAAUCAUAAAAAAUAGCAACAAAAAAAAUUCUUUGAGGGGAGGACAUUUUCUAAAAGAUUAGUCUGGACUCCGCAUCUAUAGCUGAAUUAUUUAUUCCUUCAUCUUUAUGUGGAAAAUAGGUUUUGGGGUGUCGGCACUGAGACUACGUGCCAUCACAGUUCUUUGCACAGAUAAUUGAAAAUGUAUUAUAACUAUAUUAAUUUUUAAUCUGAUUUUAUUUAGAUACUUCAAGAUACGUAUAUUCCAUUUUAAAAAUUUUUGAAAAUAUUUUUUUUUAAUUAUUUGAUUAAAUUUUUAAUUGAGCAUUUAAAAAUGAAAAUCAAUAUGUUGUUUCCCAUCUUAUUGAUUUAGUAAUUAUACAGCAAUGUUAUUUUUUACAGUAGGUGGACUUAAUUAUUUUGCUUCGUGGAAGUCUUAAUUCGUAGUACAUAUACUGAACCAGUUUAUUUCAGUUUGUUUAUAACUAAAUGUCAUCUUGUGUGUAUGUUCCAUUACUAACUAAUGAUUUGCCAGAGUUGAGACUCAGAAUUGAAGAGGCGGUUGCUUCCAUUACUUCAGACUUGUUAAUCAAAGUGUGGGAAGAAUUGGACUUCAGGUUGGAUGUGUGCCGUAUAGCUGAAGGUGCACAUAUUGAACGUUUGUAAGAAAAACCGGGUUAGUUUACCUUCAAUUUGAUGUAUGAUUUGUUGUAAAUAGUCUAAAUUAAACUGUUAUAAUAUACCCUUGAAACUGUGACAUUCUUUUAUGGAUAUCCUGAAUAUUGUGCGCCAAAUAUCUCCGAGCCAGAGCGACGUCACGAGGGAGAGGAAGGGUUGCGUCCAGUGACCUUGCCUGUUGCUGGAGUGUCUGGAGCACGGCCGAGGGUGAAGUGUUUCUCCUGAGGGAGUGACAGCGCGUCCGUCUCGGACAGAAUAACAGGAGAUAUUGACUUCGCUGAUUUAUAUUUUUGACGUGACAACGUCUAAUAAAUCAAUGAACGCCGGCUGCAUGCACGAAAAAGUGUCCCGUUACGCAUAUUGUCCCGUUUCGCUCAUUGUACGCUUGCGCCGCAUCUAUCUCUCUUCCACUCGAUUGGAACAACCAUCGAUUUGACUUUUUCGAGGCACAUUAAACUUGAAACACUCCCAUUCGUUUCCUACUUUUCCUAUCAUCGUCCUAUCCUUAACAGAAUAACACAGAUUGGAAGAAGUUAAAUAGCAAACAUGUAUAAAAGUUAUAGUUAAAAUAAUCUCUUCGUUAAAGUAAUAAACAUAUUUGAAUUAAUGAGUGCAAAUAAAAGUAAUUUUAUCAAUUAAAUUGUAGAUUUCAUUUCACUCCUUCUUUGUAUCCAUACAAGAUAGUGAUAAUUCAAUAAAAAUCACUCAAUUUUAUUCAUAAAAGUAUGCAAUCAUUUCAUCAAUGUUUUGUUAUGACGUCACGUUAAACUAUCGUCCUUAAACAGACUUUACAGACAACCAAUUUUUUUAACUUGGCUCGGUGAGUUCUACGAUGUCAUCCUUUUCCUCUGCCAACGAGUGCACUAACAUCACUACUUUCACUGUCAAUACCAUUACUUUCUUAAUUUCAGAGUUGAAAUGCACAUCUGUGUGCUUAAAAGCACAUUAACACACUUUUCAGGUCGACUGCUAAUGAACAAAAGAAUGAAACUUAGCAGCAAAUGAACAUUUUAAACUUUUGUUUAAGCUAAUACAACUACCUUCUAGUAAUAAAUACGGCAAUGCUUGAAAAAAAUUUGACGUCCAAAUACGAAAGAUCAUUUUUUCAUAUAAUAUGAGUUUGAAUUUGAAAUAUGUAAUAUAUACAUAUGACUUUGGGUAAAAAUAUUUUCUGUUCAGGAAUUUCCUUCAAGAUUUGUAUUGGAAAUUUUUCUGUAAGCAAUAAAAACUUAAGGUAGCUUGGGGGGGGGGGGGGGCAAUAGCACCCCUUGCUCCCCCCCCCUCCCCCCCUUUACCCCUGGAUCCAUGUCUGGUGUAGGCUGAGUUAAAUAGUAUGUUACAAUGGAAAGCAGUGAUGUUAUUGAGCGGAUACAUCAGUUAUCUUUUAUCAUUCUGUCAGUCAUUUUAACUUUAUCAGCAUCAAAGUCUGAUUGCGAGUAUGGAUCUCACGUUAAAGUGAAACUACAUUUUUUAAGCACUUUCUGUUGUAAUAAUAACUGAAGUUACAACAUUCUUGGUAUAAUGAGAGUAUUUUCCUGCUUUUUUCAUGUGGCAUUGGUUUAUCUUUGUUUUCAAUCUUGUAAGUACAUAUAUAAUAUCACUUAAGAUAAACAUUUUUCAUGUUACAGAUACCAUAUCCGCAGUUUUUGGCUGAUGGCUGGGAUAGCAUUGGUCAAAAAACAUUUGUAUAAAUUUGAGCAACCCAGUUUACAUAAAUAAUUACAUAUUUUUUAUGAUCAUCUUCAUUGCUUUUUAGUUUUUCUAGUUGCAUGUAAUUAACAGCUGUUUUUUUUUUCUUCUUUUGAGCAGUAGUUGUAUGUUAGCAACAAAUUUCAAUAAUCAUAAUUUACAUUAUUUUAUGCUUUUGUUAGUAUUUCUGAUUACUUUUUGACUUUAUUGUGAAUAAGUUGUUAAAAGUUUAUUUACCAAUUAAUUUAACGGUUGAUUAAGUUUGGUAUGUGUUAACAUAAUUUCCUUCUGUAUUAUUUGGUAUGGUUCUUUUAAAGCAGGCGGAUGCAAUGGUUUUUAUGGUUUUAUCAGUUACAUAAGCAUUAGGAAGAGAGAUAUAUUUUAUUUGUGGAAAAGUAGAUCACGUGAUGUGUCUUUUGGGCAAAGUCUCAAGGCAUCAUCGUCUGUUUUCACAACCGAAAAAGAGUUCUGUCAUAGGUCGUAAUUGUAAGCUGCUCUGUGAUUGGUUGUUGAUGGCAUCUCAAGUGCAGUUUUUCCAAUUGGGCAAGAAGCUGAAUUUGUAGGUUACCAUGUUAGUUGUUACUUGGACAUCAGAGAGAGUAGGCAUGUUGAGUGACAACUCGACAAUUUAACAAUUCAAUGUAGUUGAAGACGAAUUUUGUUCCUGUGGACCGGGUCGUGCCGAGGAACAUUGUUUUGGACAUAGUUUUAUUAGAAUCUUAUGACCAUAGGUGGCAACAUAAGCCUAAGGUGAAGCGCUUUGUAGUAAAUUGGUGGCCAGGUGGUUGACAGUGGUCUCAGCCAUUUGUACAGCGUGUCACAAAUGACCGCGGGACUUCAUCAACGAACCUUUAGUGAAAACUGUGCUAAAGUGAUAAACCAAUAAAUUUGAGAAGUUUUUUGUUCUGCAAGUUUUUGUUUGUUUUCUAUGUAAAUGUAACUAUGUCAUAAAAUGGUGGCCAUGUUCAGUGUUUGGUGAAAGGAAAAAUAAAUCUACAUAUUUUAUUAA